UUAAAUUACAAAAAUAAAUAAUUUAUUUAUUUAUUUAACAAUAUUAUCUUCAAACAAUUUAAAAUAGCCAAAUGAUGAAAACUAGCCAAAUAAGAUCUAACUAUUAAGCUAAAAAAAUCUAUAUGCCAAGGGCACUUGGUGUAAAAGAAUACGCCUUUUAUGAUGAUAUCAAUAUUUAAUAUAGACAAACUAUGGAGGAUGGGUUUUUCAUAGCAGAUAAUUUUUUAGAUGACGGUGGAAAAUCAAUACUUUUCGGUGUACUUGAUGGUCAUGGAGGCUCUGAUGUAGUGGAAUUUGUUAAAUAAAACUUCACAAAAGAAUUUAGCGAUGAAUAUAAAAAAACACCUAAAGAUGUAGUCGAUGUUUUAAAGAGAACAUUUUUAAGAGUAGAUGAAUUAGUAAAGCAAAAGUGCAAAUCUCAAGAAGUAGGCUCAACUGCAUGCAUUGGAUUUAUAAGAUUAGAAGAAGCAAAGAGGGUUUUAUAUAUUGCUAAUGUUGGAGAUACUGCAGGUUUGGUAUUAGAUGAUACUUAAGCUCAUAAUGUUACUAUUGAACACAAAGCCUCGAAUCCAAGAGAAAUAGAAAGAAUCAAGAAAGCAGGAGGAAGUGUUAUCUAUGAUAGAGUUGCAGGAGUAUUAGCAGUUAGCAGAGCAUUUGGAGAUCACAGUUUGAGGAAUUUUGGAGUUAUUGCAUAGCCUGAUGUAACAAGAAUGGAAUUAAGAAUGAUCCAUAAAUAUCUUGUAGUUGCAUCUGAUGGUUUGUGGGAUGUUGUAAUCCCUAAGGAAGUAUUAGAAGUUUCUAAGUUAAAAUCAAAUAGUGAAGAGGUUGCUGCAGAAUUACUUAAGAGAGCUCUCUUAAACGGCUCUAGAGAUAAUACUAGUGUUAUGGUUUUAAGAUUAAAUUGAUUACAAUAAAAAUGAUAACACAAUCAACAAUAAUAUAAAUUAAAUAGAAAAUACAAAAUAUUAAAUUAAAUAAAACUGCAAAUGUUAUCUAAUGAUAAAUUAAUUUGGAACUUUUGUUAUACUUUAGGCUUUUACUUAUAUUUUAGGCAUUAAAAUAAGUAAAUAAAUAAAUACAUGCCUGCCUGUUAAGAAUAAAGAAUAAAGAAGACAUAACUACUAAAUUUUAAAAGAAUAAAUAAAUACUAAAUAAAUAAACUGAUUUAUUUUUAUCCACA